GGGUGAGGAAAUUAUAUUUCCAGCUUAUAGGGCAUGUGAACUAAAGUAAAUUUGGGGAUCUGUCGGGCAGCAUUGACAUAUAAACGUUGUAAAGCAAUGACGGGCCUUGGCAUGACUGCUUUUGUUGAUGACGCCAGAUCUUCUUUGAGCAAUAAUUUUUACUUUCAGAAAGGUCAGCUUUUAUCAUACGGAUUGUAAAUCAUCAACUAGGAAACAUCUUAAUCUAUGGUUACUGACUGUGGAUCAUUUGCCUCUGAUGAAGAUUCUGAAUUGCAAGAUCAGAAAUAUUAUAGGAUUGACUUUCCAUGAUCUUAAUUUCUUGUAGGUAAUAUGAUCACAGGUAGUCAAGACUUAGAAUCUCGGAGUUGAAGUAGAAAAAGUUCCUCAAGAUGCCACCAACCUGCAGGUUGAGUAUAAAAAGGAACUCGCACAGACAUCGAGAUUGCAUCGCUUUUCAGCAUUCUGAUCAUCAGUGCUUUCGUGUAUUACUUCGCUGAAGCUCCCCGUUUGUGACUAUAAAACCGAUCCAAUGAUAGGGCUGAAAUUGAUUCUCCAUCUGAGCCGAAUUCUUCACUCACAACUGUCAGAGCUACUGAACGAGUGCUGCUAGUGGUCCGGGAUUGGAAUCAGAGAAAAACAAAUCUCGAUUUAUUUUCUCGUCUGUGAAGGGAUAGCUAGAUCGACGAAAGAUCGCAACAAUGGGUAGAAUUGAAAGAGGAUGCGCAAAAAGUUCGAAACGUUACGUGAUGGCAUGCUGGUUCGUUCUUCAUGUGAUCCUAUCUUCAAUCUCAAUGGUGACAGCCGAGCACUCCGUAUGCCUCGCACUGCAGCCUUCACCAGCAUUGACACCAUUCGUCGACAAACUGCCCAUCCCUCCUACCAUAAAUGUCUCCAACGGCACUCGGCUCGUACUGGGAGCUUACAAGAUCACUCAGAAACUACAUCGUGAUCUUCCACCCACAACCCUUUACGCCUACGGAACGAGCCAAGCAUCGGCGAGCUUUCCAGGACCGACUCUGAUGGCCAAAAAAUAUAUCACCACUUCAGUGCGCUGGGAGAAUCACAUCAUCGACACGGAGCAUAUGUUCACCGUGGACAGGAGUAUCCAUUGGGCGGAUCCACCCAACGGAGGAGUGCCCAUGGUGGUACACCUGCACGGAUCCGAGACCCGCAGUGACAGCGACGGGCACCCGGACGCUUGGUUCACUGCGGCUGGAGACGUCGGGCCCACGUUCACCUCGCAGAACUACGUGUACCCGAACGAUCAAGAAGAAGCUCUUCUCUGGUACCAUGACCACACCGUCGGAAUGACUCGCUUGAACUCCGCCGCCGGAAUGGUCGGACUCUAUUUCAUAAAAUCUGUCGUGGAAGAGGCAUUGCUUCUACCAUCUGGACCUUUCGAGAUUCCUCUCGUCAUCCAGGACAGAAACUUCUGGGCCAAUGGGUCCAUCAACUUCCCGGACACCGGUAUUUUCCCUGAACAUCCGAACUGGUGCCCCGAUUAUUACGGCGAUACGAUUUUGGUGAAUGGGAAAGUGUGGCCGUACCUCGAAGUGUACCGAACGAAGUACCGCUUCCGGAUGCUGACUGCAGGAAAUGCCCGCUUCUUCAACUUCAGUCUCAGCGAGCCAAGCCUCAGCUUCGUUCAGAUCGGCACGGACGGCGGGUUCCUCAAUAAACCACUGACCAUGAAGACGUUGUUGAUGGCUCCUGCGUACCGGACUGACAUGAUCAUCGACUUCUCCUCGCUCCCGGUGGGUACGAAAGUGUACAUGAACAACUCUGCUCCCAUUUUCUUCCCCGGAACACCGCCUCCCGGGACAUCGAUUGACAAUUCUCCCGGCCAGAGGCAGGUCAUGGAGUUCAGAGUCGUUGCACCUCCUCCUGGUUAUAAUAUGCCGACAGUUUACGUCCCGAGCAUUUUGGCCCCGACGCCCGACAAGAACUUGAACCCCUACACUGACGUGCAGCGGAAUUUGACUCUGAAUCUAAGUCCACCCGGGACCCCGUUCACCCUUCUCCUGAACAACCAUCGAUUCAUGGACCCGGCGACGGAAUCGCCAAAGCUCUAUACGACGGAGAUCUGGUCUAUCACCAAUUUGAUCGGAACGACGCACCCCAUUCACAUCCAUCUGAUCAACUUCCUCAUGCUGGACAUGCAAACCUUCGACCAGGGGAGACUGAACGCGGGGAAUUGCUCUCUUGCAUUGCAGUUCCCCGACCCUCUGAGCUGCUUCAUUGAGCCGCCACAGCCGCCCAUCGAUGCCCAAGCUGGCUGGAAGGACACAAUCAUCGUGUUUGACCAGAAAGUCACCAGGCUGCUGCUCCGAUGGAAGCCUCGAUAUGGUGUCUUCACGUUCGAUCCCACAACGGAGCCCGGCUACGUGUGGCACUGCCACAUGCUCGACCACGAGGACAAUGAUAUGAUGAGACCUCUCGUCAUGAGAUGGAUUUAGACUCGACCAGAUCUCGUUCUUUUCCCGCUGCCUUCAUAAAAUAAUUUCCUUCGGAACGAGAAUCUGUUCAUGGAUGGAUGUAUGUCAGCAAGCGGUCUGGCCUCUCCUGUGGCGGCUCAAGGAACAGUGAAUAAGCUUCCGAAGAUUUGCUUAUGUGCAUAGUAUUUUGCGUUGCAUAGAAGUCCUCAAGAAAGGACAAACAAUUCUGUUUUCUAGUU